AUGCACCAAAACUAUCACCGUAAUUCUGGGCCAAGGUAUCCAUCCAUAGCCGAUUCAGUCGAUUUCAUAUUCUUUGACUUUGUUGACCGUAGAGUGACCAUCACUAGUGGCCACGGCAAAAAGGAAGUCAGUAUGAAAAUCUACUUUGCUGGUAGCAUCAGAGGGGGCCGCCAAGAUGUUGGUAUCUACUUCAGCAUCAUCCAGCAGCUCAAGGAUAACUACGGAGAGGUGCUCACCGAGUUUGUGGGAGACAAAGACUACUCUAUCGACGACCCAAACAGAAUGCCGGAUAAAGAGAUCCAUGAUACUGAUGUCGGUAUGCUGUCAGAAUGCGACUGUGUGGUUGCUGAGGUGACCCAGCCGUCCCUUGGCGUGGGCUACGAACUAGGCAGAGCUGUGGCCAUGGGCAAAAGAAUCCUGUGCUUGUUCAGAACAGACGAAGGCAAACGUCUGUCUGGGAUGAUCAGUGGCGCCCACAAUGGCAAGUCUUUCAUCGUCGUCUACUACAAGGAACAGUCGGAGAUCCCCGCUAUUCUCAAGAAUUUUUUCGCUGCCUCCUAAGAUGUUCUUCUUGAGCCUUAGUUAAAAACUAAAGAGGGACUUUUAUUUUUGUUUCUGUGUUGAUUUUUAUUGUAUUCUAGAUCUGUUCAAUGUUGCGAGUAAUUUGAAGUAGCUUUCUGUGGUUACUAUCAUCAGUUUAAGGGUCGGAAUUUGCAAGCCUUAUUGUUGUUAUCAUCACAUUGAUAUAUAUGUAUACACAGAUGUUUUUUUAAAAUUUCUCAUUGUUGAAACUUUUACUAUUAAUGGAUUAAAAAGGAGAAAAAAAAGUUUAUUUUGC